CUCUUCUUUUGGAUCGCCGUAAUUGUCAGGCUUUACGGUAAACGUUGCUAUGGGAGACGUGGUGGUUUCUUGGUUCACAUGGACGCUUUUUUACCGCGUUAGACUGUAAUGAGUUCGGGUCAGAGUGACCAUCCUGUCUCAAAACCAGCACCAGGUAAACUGAAUAUAAGGUGAAGCCAAGGAUGUGUCCCUGAUACUUUACAUCACGUCUUCCUGCACCCGGAUUACUCACAGAUAAAUUUGGACUAAAUCAAAUAUGACUGAAUGGAUUUUCUCUGCAGUUAAAACAUUCAGCUGGACAAGGAAUGGCUGAAGAAAAAACUCUUACAUCACCUUCUCUAAAAUCUACUGAGCAUCUUUAGACGCAAGUGUCUGCACUGUUUGAGUUUUGUAGCUUUGUUUGCUUUUAUGUUGCAUCUGCAAGAAGCAGAACUACACUCGACUACACGCUAAAGUACAAGCUAGAAAUCCCUGUGUGAGGCAGCAUUGAACUCAGCGAUGCUCCAGACCAAUAACUACUCGUUGGUGCUGCUGAUCCAGCUUUCUCUUCUGGCCUUUGACCUGUUUGUCAACUCGUUCAGCGAGCUGCUGAGGGCAGCUCCAGUCAUCCAGCUUGUGCUGUUCAUAAUCCAGGACAUCGCCAUCCUCUUCAAUGUCAUCAUCAUCCUACUGAUGAUGUUCAACACGUAUGUGUUCCAGGUGGGACUUCUGUCUCUGCUGCUGGAGAGGUUUAGAGCGCUGCUCAUCCUGUCUGCAGUCUACCUCACACUCAGCAUCUGCCUUCACUGCUGGCUCAUGAAUCUGAGGUGGAUGGAGUCGAAUCGUUUUGUCUGGACGGACGGCUUGCAGGUGCUCUUUGUGUUCCAGAGACUAGCUGCAGUUUUGUAUUACUACUUGUACAAGCGCAGCACAGAGUACCUUGGAGAUCCGAGACUGUACGAGGAUUGUGCCUGGCUGCGGGAUGCUUUUGCUCGAGCUCGGUUGUAAUCAUGGCCCAAGAAACAGCAUAGAUGUACAGCAGGAUCAUGACAGAGAGAGAGAGAGAGAGAGAGAGAGAGAGAGAGAGAGAGAGAGAGCGCAGACUGGUUCUGUAAAACACACUGAAAGAGUGGAGAAAAACAAAAGUGCUGUACCAGUACAGUACAGUGGCAGAACUACCAGACAGAGACUCUUCAAACAAGAAGCACACCAAAUAAAGAUAAUCUACGCAUUUUCUAAAUACCUAUAUAUUUUUUCAAACAUAAUGUAUAAAUUACUUUCAUUUUUUUAACGCCAUCUGAUAUUUUGAAUAUCGAUGCUGCACCAAAUAACAGGUAAAUGUUAGUAAAUGUUGUAAAUGUAGUAAAUGUUGACUAUUUGCACUGGUCUCCCAGUCCUGAGUGAUGUGUGUAUGUGAUAUUCUAUUGUAGGAAGAAUUUUUUUUAUAAGAUUUUGUAUUGUGUUUGUUUCCUGAGAAGAAUAAUGAUUAGAUAAAUGGUUGACCAAAGAUCGAGUGUGUUUUUUAGUGAAAUUGAUUCCACUGAUGUAAUUUUAUUAUUUUUUUAGGUUUAAUCUUCUACAUGUUCAUCAUCUUUUUAAAUUCUUUUGGAAAAUGGAAUUAAUAUCCACCAGCUAGAUUCACAGCAAGAUUCCUUCUGGUUAUCAGCAUUUUCAAAGUGCCUUUCUAUUAAUCAUUAUGUACAUGUACAGUCAGGGUAUUACAACUGCUUAGUAAUAUUGCCACAUGGUCAGUGGACGGUUUUAUUGAUAGCACAUUGACCCAUAGGUCUUCGUGUCUGUAAUAUUAU